AUGCUGAAGGUGUAUGUGCAUACCUCUGCCAUUCAUCGCGAGAUACCCGUAUACCACCACAUCUCGCCGCAUAUCGAGACAGCCACAGCCCAUCGUGGGCGCCUCAACAUCCGGCAGCUACUCGACUCCUUCACGGUGGCCGGACCAGACGGCAGACAUCUCGUUCUUGUCCACCAGGCCGCCCAGAUGAGCCUGCGCGACAUGAAACUGGUCUUCUUCCCCAACGGGUUUGAUCCGGCGUUCGUCAGAGGUGCCAUCAUCGAGCUUCUCCAGGCCCUGGAUUUCUUACACAGCCAUGCGCAAGUUGUUCAUACGGGUACAGAGUGGACUUCUCUAUUCUCGUCUGUGUGGAUAAAAAUUGCUUACGUAUUAUUUUCUUGUUUUCUUGUAUAUAUAGAUGUGCACUCUGGAAACAUGCUUCUAGGGCUAUGGGACAAUACAUUGCUUAAAAAUCUCGAAGAUGCAGAACUAAGGGCUCCCGUGGCCCGGAAGCCGGUUUCGGACUCCCGGACGAUCUAUCUAUCGCGUCUGUCCAAGCCAAAGGAGGGCCCCAUGCUCCUAUCCGACUUUGGCGAGGCGAGGCUAGGCCCUGGGCCCCAUCCCGGUGAUAUCAUGCCACUCGAGUACCGGGCCCCCGAAACACUACUCUACGUGACAUGGAGUUAUCCCGUCGACAUAUGGAGUGUUGGACUCACGCCAAAAACCCAGAAAGAAGAGCCGACUUUUGGGAUGAAAACGGUAGAUUAUUUUAUUCUUAACUAUUCAACUGAAAUAUUUCUCUCCAAUAUGGGAGCCGCUAACGUCGGUCUUCUAGGCGAAUGGCUGGGUCUUGCGGAUAUUCCAGAGGGCCGGACCCUGGAAUCGCUCGAGACUCGCCUCGAGACCAGGGACAAGAACGCAUUCCUGCGAUUCGUCCGUAAAGCCCUGACUUGGAUGCCAGAGCAAAGAGCCACCGCGAAGGAGCUUCUCCAGGAUCCGUGGCUGCUGGGAAGCCACAAAGUCGGUUCAUAG